AAAUGAUUUUUUUUUUUGUGAGCAUCGAUCUUAAAGUCAUCUUCUGUUUACCCCCGAAAACAAAAAAAAAGAUCUUAAAAGUCAUCUUCUUUUUCACUGCUCACUUUUCUUCUGUUCACCCUUGUCUCUCCCACUCAAAUCCAUACAGGCUUCACCCUUCUCUGCCAUGGCUUCACACCAUCACCACCACCACUAUUACCAGUAUCAGUACCAGAACAGCUGCCAGCCCAACAACAACAACAACAACAGUUGCUGCUGUUCCUGUAGUUGCCUCUCAUCUCAUCAAUCUUCCGCCCAAUCUUCUCAGUCUCCGCCACCCACAGACCCUCUUGUUCAGGCAAUCGUUACUCAACUCCUUCAAUCUUCCCAGUCGCAUCUCGCCACUCAGCACCUCAAACCCCAACUACGGCAACACCACCAGCAACACAAGAAACAACAGCAACAAGAGCGCCUCCAAAACCAGCAAACCCAGACUCUCCUCUCCUCUCUCUUCCGUCGCAUCGACGCCCUCGAAUCCUCCCUUAACCAACUCUCUGUUUCUCCUCCACCUCCUCCUUCAAACUCUCUCCGAGACAUUGCCGCUCGCACCAUUCAAACCCAUUUCCGUGCCUUUCUUGCCCGCAGAUCCCGCACCCUUCGUCACCUCAAGCAGCUUGCUCUUAUCAAGUCCGAGCUCAUCACGCUCAAAUCGUCUAUCUCCGAUGAUGCCCUCCUCCACCCGCAUGUUCUUUCCCAGAAAGCCAUGGAUUUGCUCCGACAGCUUGAAGCCAUUCAGGACGGCGAUCCGAUGAUUAGGGAUGGGAAAAAGUCUAUUAGCAGAGAACUGGUUCGCUUCUUGGAGUUCGUUGAUGGAAUUUCCCUGAAAAGGCAGCAACUUUCUUCCAAAAUGACGAGGCAUGCGACAUCUACAGAGGAUGGCAGGGAAUCCAGAACUUUUAUCAGUGUCCGAACCGAUCCAUUUCCACGCAUAAAAAACACCGGAAGUGGUUUUGGUACCAGCCGUCGAGAUUUUGCUGGUGAUCGGAGACCUUUCAUAGAGAAAUUGAGCGACCAGAUUAAAGAGGUCCAACGCCCUUUCGAGAACGACGAGGAAGCAGAGGUUGAACUUGAAGCGUUUCAUCAUAUCAGUGACGAUGAAGAGAACCCCAGAAACCUCAAUUACGGUGGGAUUUUGAUAAAAAGGCAUGGGCUUUGUUCUUCUAAAGCAAAGAAAAGUGUGAGCUUCGCAGAGAACGAGAAUUUGUCUAGGGUUCUUAUCAGUAGCGAGGAGACAAAUACAGAUGACGAUCAGAGAGAGCUUGUAGAGGGACUAAGCAGGGAGGUUGAAGAGAUCGGGGGAUUCUCUAGGGUUUCUGAGGACGAUGAGGAAGGAUCACACACGGGGAGCGAAGGAUCUUCUCAGGUCAGCGAUGGUGACAGAAACCCUAGGAAGAACAUCAAGACAGUGAUAAACUAUGGAAUAGAAGGAGAAGUACAGGGUCAGGAUGGUAAUUUUAUGUUCUCCGCUCCAGUACCUGUGCAAAUGGAGCCCAUAAGAACUGAUGUGAUGAAACAGAAAAGGAUUCUGAGAGCCGUGAGCUAUAGCUAAAGCCAGCUGCCUGGAUCAGGCUCUUCAUCUUAAAGUUUAGAGGCUUCUAGUUCUAGCCUUCUAUUUGGUUCCCUUUCUGCAAAUGUCUCAAUUCUUGUUCAGAGAUGUUGUCUCACCAUGCUCACCCCUCUUCUUCAUUAGGUAGGGCAUCUGCUUCUGUGAGUUAUUUGUAGUUUCGUGUCUCCAAUGUCAGAGAUGGAUUGUUUUCACUUACCACUGAAACUAGUGAAUGAGCAAUUUUCCCCUGUUUUGUUUUGUUUUUUGUUUUCUUAUUAAAAGGUGUGAGCAACUUUGACUACUACCCAUUUGAUUUUCUUCUGGGCUUAGAGAUGUUUGCUGAUUUUCUUCCAAGUUA